AUGGUGGCAAGCAAGGAAGAUGAUGGUCUCUUCUCUCGACUCAUAUCUUCUCAGCUAUCUAGAUUCACAAUCAGAUUUACAGUUCCAAGAUGCAAGAUUCCAAAAUGGUUCAGUUGUCAAAUGGAUUUCAUGAGGCAUCGACGGUUUGAGUUUUGGAUUGUAGCACUCCCAAAUUUCAAAUGGGACAACAACACAGGAUUGGCUCUCUAUGUUGCUGUUGAUAGACAACAUCGUUGUUGUUUUGAGUUGAUGAUUCACAUCAAUGAAAUGAGGGUUUUGCAUUCUCGUGGAGAAGCAUAUUAUGUUGGUUCAAGAGAGUCGGAUCAUGUAUGGGUGCGCUACAUUCCAUUCACUGAAUUGUGGCCACGUGGUUAUAUGCGUCCCCUGCCACCCUUUACCUGUCGAGUCGUUCUUCUUCUAGAGAGACACAAAACCGACCGCUUUAAAAGCUGCGGGGUCCACCUUAUAGUGCCUCCCAAUGAAAAAGUUUGUAUGAAGCUAAUCCGUGCAGAGAACCGCACCAGUGAACCUUCUGAUGAUGAUGAUCAAGUUGAUUCUGAUGAGGAGAAGGACUUGGUGGACAACUGGGAAAAAUAUCAUCCCAAACACAGGGCUGAUUGCAAAGAGUUGUUAUAUACUGAUGCACUACAGCAGAACCAAGAGCAAUAA